AUGGCGCUGUGGAACAGGCGUCCGUUUGAACGUGAAGUGGACACUUGGCAUGAUUGGGAUCGCUUCGAACGUCGGAUGAUGCGCGACAUGGACCGAUUCCAACGUCACAUGAUGCCCUGCGGGAGGGACAUGGACCAUUCGAUUCUGGAAGUUGCAAAUCAGGCCCAUGAAGUUGGUCCAGAAAUGAUAACUCGGAUUCUGUCCAGUCUUAUGCAAGUUGAGGUAGUUAAUGAUGACAAGAAGUUCGCAGUAUCGUUGGAUGUAUCGCACUUCAAACCCGAAGAACUACAAGUGCAUAUUGAUGGACGAAACCUUACAAUAGAAGGAAAGCAAGAAGUAAAAAAAAGUCAUGAACAUAUGGAAAGGUCCUUUGUCCGUAGUUGGACCCUACCCGAUGAAGUCGAUCUAGACGCCGUUCACACUCAGCUCACCGAAGUUGGACAUCUUUGCAUCGAAGCACCGAAAACUGGUUUGCAUACGAACCGCAGGGAAAUACCAAUUAUGGCUCCUCCCAAAAAGAAGUAA